AUGCGACGCUUGAGACGACGAAGAGGCAAUGGAGAAUCUGCACCUUCUCCUCCCACCGAUACCGGUAGCCCACAUUUGGCGAAUUCUUCCAGUGAAACCUCUUGGUUUUGGGCGGCUCGUAGAAACCGGAUCCUUCGCCACAGCAAUACACGCAUUCUCGACAAUGGCCCCCCACAGGAGGUGAUUGUGCGCAAGUUGCCACUCGAUGACGAAAUACUCACAUCUGAUAAUCAGGAGCAAAACGACGGCAGCGCAGCAAUCCACCACCAUGAAGAAGUCGUGACCAGCGACGAAAACGACAGCUUGGCGAUCUCCACCGAUGAUGAAGAGGUCGGACCUGUGGUAUCAUUAAGACCCCGACGAGUCGAAAGCAUCAGUUUGGAAGAAUGGAACAACGUGUACCAUUAG